GGAGAGGAUUUACUCUGUAGAUCCGUUUGGUCUGAGCGGUCAGCUGCUAAAGGUUUGGCCACAGCUACAGCCCGCUGUCGUCACAGUGAAGAGAUGCUGAGCUGCUCCAGUUUCUCACAAAACGGAGCAAGAGCUGGAGAAAGAGUGGAGGAGAGAGAUGGGCAGAAAGAGUGUGUUGCUGUCAAUGGGAAUGGAGGGCAAGGUGUGUUCGCUGUAGCGCGCUGCUGCACAGGCCAUAAAGCUCAGUGCCAGAUGUUAGAGAGUCCCCAGAGAGGCGCGGAUGCAGAAUGUCCUCCAGACCACCAGCUGACAGGAUGCAGUUCUUCCUCUUCAUCUGGAGAUGCAUCGGACUCUGAACGACCUCUACAUGGCAUCCGCAGGGCAUGUCGUGCUAAAAAGGAUGUAACGUCAUACGCCUCCUGCUGCCACACAUCCUCUCUGGAGUGCCGGCUGAAAGAACACGACUCUAUGGGUCUCAGCGAGCAGGUGGAGGUUUCAUGUGAAGACUUGUGGACACUGACAGGCUGUCAGGGUCUGUCACAUGGUUCUGUCGUUCGUGGGGCAUUUGCUUUGGGAAACACCUGUGUAGUUCAUACAUCUGGAGGAGAUAUAGGAGCUGCCGCCAUCGCCACCUGCUGCAGGCACCGCCUGUCCCACAAGUCAUCUGACCACUGAGGGAUGUGUGUUCUUCAUUUCUCACUUCUCUAAACCAUGGACAUAACUGCUAUAACACAUAUAAUAGUUGGAGGUGUUACAUAAGUGAGCUCAGUUCUGUCAUUAUGCAAUAUUACAUGACAGAGAAGUGCAUUGUAACCAGUUCUGGACAUAACCAUAGUCAAUCUUGAAACUCUACAAGGAGCGCUAAAACACUUUAAAAGGCCUUUAAUCAGCAAAACACAUUUAUACAUGCAUUGUCGCAUUAAUAUUAGAAUUCAGACUGAUGCAGAUAAUUAUUUUCAUGUUAUGGCUAUAAAAAUUCUCUACCAUUUUCCUUAAUAAUAAAAAAAACACUAAAAUUGAUGAUCAAUUGUUUUAAAAUCUACAACUGAAUUCAGGCAUCAUUGAAAAAUGGGUAUUCAUUUUGAGAUUUGCUAAAAAUUACAUUUAACAGUAGUAAAGCGAGUAUUAGAUGACAGCUAACUAUAAAAAUAGAGGAAAUAAGCAUGUACAAUGAAAUACAGAAUAUCAGUCAAUAUAUUUUAAAUGUAGCAAUACUGCUUAAUAAAAAAAAAAAAACUAUAAUAUCGGUAACCGAUAUUAUAGAUAAUAACACGUUGACCUAGCAAUUUUCAUUUUUAUAUUAACAGAAUAUAUUUAAAAUAUGUACCAAUACUGUUAAAUUAAAAAAUCUCCAAUAUCGGUAACCGAUAUAAUAGAUAAUACCACUUUGAUGUUUGCACAUAUUCUGAAUUGAAACAGAGGUCUAUUUUCACUAUUUCUGGCAAGAGCAUCAUCUCCUAUUAUGCAUGUGCACUGUGUAUAAGAGUGUAAUUCUUUUUAUAAAUGUAUAUUUUUGUAUUGCAAAACUUAUGACUUCAUGUAAUGGUCUACUUCAGACUUGGCACAUACAAAAUCACACAGUCUGAAAAGUUGUGCAUUCCAGUUUUUCCUUUUUAUAUCAAAUGUUUUCAUUGUCAAACUCUGAUGUACAAAUUAAAAUGUGGUUUUAACAUGCAUUAACAGAUUCCUUUACACACUCGCAGCAGAAAUGAAUCAAAGAAUCACCAGUUAUUAAAAACUCUUCAAGCAUCUUUAACCCUGUCCUGACACCCAGCUUAAAAACACAAGCCUCAUCACAGAUCUACCGAGCAGUUGGUACAGCAUCUACAGGUGUAGGAAAGGUUAAAAAAGAUUGAUUGGAGGGAGGAGGAUCAAAUUUGUGGAUAGUUUUAACACACCCUGUUCACUCAAGUAUACCAUAUUUCAAAGAAGACUACAGCACUUGUUAUAAACUGUAACCCCACCAUAUCUUUAAGGCUCCUUUAGUGAAAACCUAAGCAGGCAGUUGAGCUGAAAUUAGUGUGAUAUCUUUGCAAAUGUGCAUAUUUCAGCAAAAUAAUAAAGAUGCCUUAUGUUUAGGCACUGAUCUGAUGAAUUCUGCCCUCUAUUGUAACUGAACCGUGUGCCUUUAAGUCUUGAAACGUUUCAAAAUAAUCCUCGGGUCAUCCUAAAACCUAACAAAUCACCCCAAACACUUACCACAUCUGCUGCAGUGAAAUAUUUACUGAUUCAAAGCAUGAAGGCAGUUGUGGGUACUGCAGUGUUUUGCUGACUAUUAAGACAAAAAGUCAAAGACCAUACUGAAAAAGACUGCUUAAACCAGCCUUAACAGGUUUUACCACGCCUUUGGCCUGAUCAAUCUUGAGUUUAGUUGCCUCAAGGUACUCUAAUAUCAGCAAACCAGGCUGGCCAUGUUGAAAAAAACAAACAAACAUGUUGGUGAACCAGUUUAAGAUGGUCUGCUAGUUUUAUCAGGUCUUCCAGUCUGACUAAUCUUGAAUUUAAGUACCCCAAACCACUCUACGACCAACAAACCAGGCUGGCCAUGAAGAAAAAAAAAAAAACAUGUUAAACCAGCUCAAGAUGGUGUGCUGGUUUGACCUGGUCUCCUAGUCAGGGCACUCUUAAGUGUAAGUGCCCCAAACGACUGUAAAACCAGGCUGGCCCUUUUGAAAAAAAAAAACAUGUUAAACCAGUUUAAAACAGGGUGCUGGUUUUAUCUGGUCUCCCACCCUGACCAACCUAGAGUUUAUGUGCCCAAAACUCCCCUAAAACCAGCUAAGGAACCAGGCUGGCUCUGUCAUCUUAAACCAGUCUAAGCUGGUUUGCUUCCCUUAGUUGCUCUUCCAGCCUGAUCAGGCUGGUCUGUUGGCUGGCAUUGAAUGUUUUGGGACACUAAACCACCUAAACACAACUUAGCCGGGCUGAGACACCAGCAUAAACCAGCAAAUCCACUUAGACUGGUUUAAGAUUUAUUCUAUAAACCACCUUCUCUCAGCGGUUUCGGCCAGUUUAUGCAGUUCUUUUCCAGCAAUAAAGUCUCUCACACGUACAAACAUGCACAGAAGUGCGUGAAAGUUGCGAAGAGCAGGUGACUGCGAGGUAAAAAGCAGCACUAACGUUUGUGUGAGGUGGCAUUGAGGUCCUUCCGCUGUAAACAUUGAAGCAAUGUCGCUAAGUGUUCUAGUCUAAAUACAAAAUGAGCAGCAAACGGCAGCUGAAUCACUCUGCAGACUCCCUGAAAGCAGGACAUCACAGGCUCGGCUCAGACAGGGGACCGUGACGCACAAGACGCCGCCCGUGUCCUCGUAUGGCACUCUGAGAUGAGUGUGGCCGAGCCAUCCGAGUAUACAUGUGUGCGUUGUUAUCGUAAUGUUGAGUGGGUUCAGGCAUUUGUGUAGCAUGACGUGUCCACUGGUUUGUCUCAAGGCGAGGAUGCGAGCGGCGUAGGAGAGGAGUCGAGUAAAGGCACUUUACUACUCUGUGAGAACGUUCCGGUCCCUCCAACAACCUCCGUCUUUCUCUUUCCCCUCCCCCUUCCCGCCCCAUCCUCACCUUGUCAUCCGAUUUGCAUUGCGUAAGGCAGACUAAAUGGAAAAGAUGCAGGUAAACAAACAAAAAAAGGACAAAUUUGGCUAAAUAAACCCUGAAAGUGUCUCCACGUCCCUAGAUCUUCAUACCAAAGCAGCACGAGACAACAUCAAAACAGACAAACAGAAAGAAAUGAGACAGUUUUUCAAUGACAAACUCUGCUGAUUGUAGCACUCAUUGUCUUUCAGGAAGAAAAAAAGCUCGUUGGACAGUAGCGUCUCUGUGUGUUGCAUAUGUGUCUCCGGACGCAUCUGCUGAUGCGAUGUGUCUUCCGCCCUAAGGUCCGUCCUCAAUGUCCACCAUCAUAUUUCUGUCUAGCACUUGUGUAAACAGCUUGUGUCUUUUGCUGCAUGCUGUUCCUAUCCAAGAAACUCGAUGGACAGAGAGCAGCGAGGGACGUCCGCUAUUGUCUCCACGUGAUGAAUUUCUCACAAACUGAAUUCAAAUAUAAAGUGCUUUAAAAAAUACCAGCAAGAAAAAGGAAAAACGGUGUGAUUAUUU